UGUCAUUCUGAACGUGACAAACCUUGACGAUUCUAAUAAUACCUACAUACAACAUACGACAACGCGUCUCGCAUCUUGGCCCUCUGGUGCAGCUGGCUCCUUCUACGUCUUUCUUGAGAGCGCGACGCCCACUUGAGCGACCAUCACGACCGGCCUCUUUCGAUCACACGACUCAAAACGCACACUCGUCCUCAAGAACCCUGCAUCACCGACGGCCACCCGCAUUAUACCCACAAAACACGACCCCGACGUCUCAUCCACCAUGGUUUCCCUCGGCCUAGUGACGAUCGCUCAGAUCGUAGCAGUCGUAUUCUGCAUCAUCGAGCUUGGUCUGUCCGGCUUUGUCGCCAGCGCCUACUGGUGGCACUCGCCCGACAUUGUCAACUUUAUCAUCUUCUGCAGCGUGUGGUCGCUGCUCGUGCUGGCCUACCUCAUCCUGACGCCCAUGUUCAUGGAGCGCCUCUUUCACCAGCUGGUCUCGCUCGGCCUCGUCGCUGUGACGACGAUUUUCUGGUUCGCGGGCUCCAUCGCGCUCGCGACGUGGACGGGAACGCCCAAGUGCGACAACUCGUGGUGCGGCUCGGCCCAGGCGGCCGUCGCGUUUGCCUUUUUCAUCUGGGCCAUCUUCACGGGCCUGCUGGUGCUUGACAUUAUGACGGUGAUGCGCUCGCGCGGCCACUCGACCUCGCACGCCAAGGCUGGCCACAGCAACGGCGCCACCUACCCCGGUGUCUGA